ACUCAAUACGUACCAGAAAAGCCAAAUUUUAAAAAUGAACUUUUUGAGACCCUAGAAUCCGUGGAAUACAAUAAUUACGGAUUAAUAGAUAAUAGACAAAUUGUAACAAGAAGUAACUUACCCUCUGGUGGAUAUUCAGGUUUAUUAAGUGAGGUUUUAAGCAAUAUUUCAGAAGACAGAGAAGAAGAGGGUAUUAACGUAAGAAAUCAAUCUUUAACUGAAACUAUUGGAAGACAUGAGGAUUUUAUAAAACUAGAUACUGAAGCUUACCGUGAUUACAAAACGUUUUCCAAUGAAUUUACAAGUAUAUCUAAAGAAUCAGAAUCGAAUAGCAUGGUGUCAGAAAUAGCUGUUGGCAGUAGUUUUCCUCAUAAAGCAAAGGACGGCAGUUAUAUUGUACCAAUAAAUAACUUAAUCAAGCGUUCCGUAUCAACAUUAAAAGACAUUGAUAACAACAUGCACAAGGAAACGAGCCCAGAAACAUUCAAGUCUAUACAAAAAAUAAGUCGGUCUAAUUCCAUUCACAAGGACCACGUUCAGUUAAAGAUAACUAGAGAUGUAGAUCAGUUAAACACAACUGAUAUGAUUGACAAACCUAGUGAAUACCAAUCGUCUCAAAUUGCGACCUCCAUACAUGAUUUAAUCGGGUUGAACAAGGAUAAAAUUAGAGCAAAACCUAUUAGUCCUUAUAGGCAGACCACGCAUUAUCAACAACCCAAUCUAACCAAAUCAAAAGAAUCCAAUAUUGUUGCAACAGAAUCAUCUUUUUCAGAAAAAGGUACAAGUCCACUUUAUGUAGAUAUGUCGUUUUAUAGUUAUAUCAACGACAACAAACAAAGGGUUGUUCAAUCUCAAAGUCCACUUAUUGACAAACAAAAGCCUAAUGACGGCACAGUCACUAUAGCAAAAACAUUAAUACGACAUGGAAAUGAAAUAAGAAUACCUGUGGACAACGAAAAUGAUAUAUCUUUAAACAUUUUGGACAAAGACGUAAGAGUGGAAAAAAGGAACAGUAUUAUCGGAUUGCCAAUAUAUCAAACUCAUCGUGAAAAACCGGUUGUCGUGACUUCGUUCCCUUGGGGCUACCUCGUUGACACGCGAGGCCGUAAGGCAAUGGUCAUCUACAGCUCCCUUCUUUGCGGAGCCUUCGGAAUACUUUCGGCCUUCAUGCCCGAGCUCAUUAGCUUUACCACAUGCAAGUUCCUCGCAUCAAUAUGUAUGGCAUGUCCAGCAGCAGCACCAUACACUUUCAUCGGCGAGAUUCUUCCCCAGAAACAUAGGGACUUGGCUCUCUCCAUCACGAACGCUAUGCAGACCCUUGGAUCCGCCUUAGUACCUUUACUAGCGUGGGGCAUCAUUCCGCUGCCCUUCAGAGCUGAUGUUGGCGUGUACACAUUUCGCUCGUGGCGAGUUCUAGUUAUCGUGUAUUCCUCGUUCUUCAUCGUAGCCGCCUUCCUGAUGUCAUUUGGCCCCGAGAGCCCCAAGUAUUUGGUUUUACAAGGGAGAUAUGACGAGGCUCUAGCAGUUCUAGAGACAAUGUACGCUGCGAAUAAAGGAAAGUUGAAGGCGGAAUUUCCGAUCAAGGAGCUUAAAGUUGCUGAAGACUCUAAGAAAGAAAAAGUCGGUUUUUUCACCUCACUUAAGGUUCAGUCCUUGCCUCUAAUGAGACCACCAUACGCAAAAUGGAUGGCUCUGAAUGGCUUCCUACUAUUCGGAGUGUUUUCUACUGUAAACGGCCUCUACUUGUGGAUUCCGGAUAUCCUGAACAGGGUACUCAGUCAGGGCCACGAUGGAGUCACCGCCUGUGAAGUUAUUGCUCAAAGACUUAAUGAGACUCAUGAAGCAGCAGUUUGUGACGACAGCAUAGACCAACUUACAUUCUUUGUAAAUUCAAUAGCCAGCUUCAUUUGUGCCGUUAUAUCUUUACUUGCCAGUUGCACGCUUAAGAUCAUUGGCAAGAAAGUGCUUCUAGUACUAGUCUACUUCAUUAUCGGCUCUUUCUGUAUAUCCGUCAACUUUAUUAGAACGAGUAUGGUGUUCGCGGUCUUGCUGUCAGCUCUGCAGAUUGUAGCUGUUGCUGUUGGGCCAGUCAAUGCCUAUGCGGUGGAAAUAUUUCCUACUCAUUUGAGGGGUAUGGCGGUGAGCCUCGCGAUGAUGCUGGGCCGAAUCGGGUCAGUGCUCGGUACAAACCUCGCGGGGCUGCUCAUCAACGCUUCGUGCGAAACCACCUUCUAUUUUUUCGGUGGAUUGUUGUUGGUUUGCGGCUUCAUGGCAUUCCUGUUACCGAGGGCACAAAGUAAAAUAUGUUGCUUCUAAAGAUUAUGGUUCUAAUGAUUAGAUAAUGGUUUUUGAUUGAGUUGAGACCAAAUAAUUGAAUACAGAAUACACAUAGUAUUAUCUUAUGG